GUCAAAGAGUGAGAGUGAGAGUGAGAGUGAGAGAAAGGAAGAGAGAGAGAGAUAAUGAGAAAGAGGGAGGACAAAAAAAUAAUCGCAAUCGUAUGAACGAAUCUAUCUUUCUUUCUCUAUCUUUAGAAUAUAAUCGUCUUCGAGAAUUCGUGAAAAUACGGCUGCCGAAUAAGUUCAUUCGUUAUCUCUUUUGUGUCAUAUUUGGAAUCGUCGAUUUUCAAGUGGUGAUCCGUCCUUUCUCAUUUACGGGAUCUCCCUUUCGACGCGAUUUUUAACGAGUAUAAUUAACGCAAGAUAAAAGCAGAAGAAGAAGAAGAAGAAGAAGAAGAAGAAUAAGAAGAAGAAGAAGGAGAAAUAGAAGAAGUGAAAAAAGAAGUGAAAAAACAGAAAGAAGAAAAGAGGGGUUUGUGUAACAAAAAAAAAAAAAAAAAGAAAACAAGAAAAAAAGGAAAGAGGGGAAGAGGGCUUUGAUAGACUUCGUUGGAAUCUUUAAAAGUAGAUUCGAUUUGUGUGAUCUCGUUGUGAGGGAGAGAAAAAGAAAGAGAGAGAGAGAAAGUGAGAGAGACAGAUAGAAAGACAGCGAUAGAUAGAUAGGGAGAUAGAGAGAGAGAGAGAGAAAGAGAAAGAGAGAGUGUGUGUGUGCAAGCGGGAAAGAGCCGACUCAGACGACGUAACAGAAAAAAAAAAAAAAAAACAAAAAAAAACAGAAACAUAGUAACAUUUUCUGCGAUAACCUUAAAGGAGUUACUCGAAGUGGAAUCAUCGAGAUGCGGUGAUGGCUCUACUUUACAGAUUCGUGCAACUGCCAGAUCGCAGCGGCACGCGGGUUUUUUCAUUUGUCGUCACCCGGAGUGUCGUACGCGAUCCAGAAAGAGACGUUACCAGUAAGGAACUUGUUUGUGGCUUCCAAAGAUGGGCAGUAGCCUUUUCACGAGGAGACAAGGUAUUAGGUGUAUAUCUGGUAUGGCGAGGUGCAUCACGGAAUCUUCGGGUUUACGUCGACUUUACGUUCACGUUGUUGAACCGGGAACACUUCUCGAUGAACGAAGGUUUCUCAGGGAAACGAGUUAAAUUCACGUACGAAUUACCGGCUCAAGGAAACCGCAAUUACAUACCAGUAUCAGACCUCUACACUCGUAACUUUGCUGAUACGAAUGGCGAAUUCCAGUUGGAAUUGUCUAUGGCGAACGUACGUACGGUGUACAUGACAGAAGUUAGAAUGCCAACCGGGGUCUUUUCAACGGGUCAACCAAAAUCAAAUAAACUUGAGACCGAUUGCUUCACAUUUGGUGGUUUUGAUUGGAGCGUCGUUAUCUAUCCUUAUGGGAAUAAAGAAGCAGAAGGUUGUCGGGGUCAGGAGAAUCGCGUGAGCGUUUAUUUGAUGAGACUCACGGGAUUCGAUCAUCGAUGCAGAGUGAGAUAUAGCGUGGCAUUGGGCGAAGGAGAUCGUAGAAUCGAUUCUGGCCAUAUAGAAGAUCUCUCGAAUGCUGAAGGUUACGGUUUUGGAUGGCAUCCAAGAGUUAGAUGGUCAGAAAUCUCUCAUAAAGGUGUUCUUCGAGUCUCACUUGAAAUGGUCGAAGCAAGAACGAUCUGCGAGGUAGCUGUGCAAGCUCUUGGUCCACCUGCUUUGUCUCCUACUCCUUGCUACGAUCGUGACAAGCAAGCUUGGGUCGUACGGGCUGAUCUCCAUUCGGAAACGGUUAGACUCCAUCUGAUUUAUAAAGAUAUCAAUCAUGUACCACGAAAUCAUCUAAGAUACGUAAAUUGGUCGGCUUAUUUAUUAAGAGGCGAGGAACCUGAUACAGUUGCAAUGAGUCUACCAGGUGCACCAUUCAGUCGUUAUUACGCUCAAGAAUCCGCUGAUGAAGGUAUAAUUAUGGAAACGAAUUUGGACACGAAUGAGAUCAAGGACAAUCACAGUCCAUUCCUUACGGACAAGAAGCAAUUAAGGAUCAGAUUGGAAUGGAAUGAGAGCCAUUUGCUCUUUCAAGCGACUUAUCACAAAUACGACGACGUCUGCCGUAUUCACAAUCAACAAAUGAGACGUGAGAUAGCAUCUUUACAAGCUGAAAACUAUAGCCUCGAGAGACAACUCUUUAGCUAUCAGAAGAGUCUUGCUUUUGCACAAGCUCAACAGCAACAACAUCAACAACAACAACAACAACAACAACAGCAACAACAUCAGCAUCAACAACAACAACAACAGCAACAACAGGGUCAACCACGACAUACCAGUCAUCAACCUCAUCUCGAAAGGUCAACAUCCACUGAUACCGAAUACGCCUGACAAGUGGAUCUCGUUAAUGAAACGGCGAGUGGUGGCUGUAGACGUCAGUUGCCGGUCAUUCAAGAAAAUGAUCGCCGGGUUCAUCAGAAUCUUGUACGAAUGAUGGAUCGUCGAUUGAGUAACGUCCAGUUACAGCAACAUCUCUAUGAAAUUGAACAUCAAUAUCAAUUAAGAAACAACAGCGAAUCGCCAAGGCAGAGCGUCGAUCGUACCGAAGAACAUCGACGUAGUAUCAUUCAACAGCCAAAGAGAUCGAGCAUCGGUCGUUCGGACAGUAUAUCCGAUCGUGGAACCGAUCUUUAUCAAGCUUAUUAUUUGGGUUACGUCGGGCAGACAGCUCAUAAGCGACGUAGAACCACUUUGUGGGAAACUUUAACGGGAUUAGUCUGUUCGUUGGGUGCUUUGGCCACUAGAGCUGCAAAGAUGGCCGCUAGACGUGGAGACCCUCUUUGAAAGAAUCAAUGAAAUAUUUUCGAGUCGUCUAAAUAUAAUACAUAUGUAUAUGAUAUGAAAACGAUCGAAUAAAACUCUUAUAGAUCUUGAACUAAAGUUCAAGGGUUUGUCUGAAGUGAUCCACGAGAAUUUAUGAUUUUAUGAGAUAAAGAUCGGACGAUCGAAUUGUAUGGAGUUACAUAAUGUGAGUAAAUGUAGUAGAAUUAAAAGAAAAAAAAGAAAAAAAAAAAGAAAAAGAAAAAAAAAGAGAGGAAAACGCGCAAGCAACUGCAGCAACAAAAGCAGCAGCAGCAACAGUAGAACAAAGUAAAAGCGCCUCCUCGUGUUUACACGCUACAUAUACACAAGAUACAACUCUAUCUACUUGUCAAUUUACUGAAGAUGAAAAAAAAAAAAAGAAAAGUAACCUAUUUUCCUCUAAAGACUUUUUUCACCUAUUGUGUAUGUAUGUACGUACGUACGUCGCUGUGCGAGGACAACAAAAGAAGAACACAAUUGUCAAAGUAAUAUUAUAUUAUAUGAGACACUUAUUAAGUACAUACAUAACGUUGUACCUAUAUAUACCGUUGUAUACUUUGGAAUGGAUUGAAUGCUAAAAAGGGAAGAAUAUCAAAUGUAUGGUGAUAAAAAAGAAAAAAAAACCGAAGAACGUCGAAUUAUAAGAAAAUAAGAAAAUAAUAAUUACAGAAAAUUGGACUUUCGAUCAGGGUAAACGAGAAGGAUAAUCAAAAACGUACGCCAUCAAUAUUAUAAUCCCAACGCGAUCCAUUUAUUAUUAUUAUUAUUAUUAUUAUUAUUAUUAUUAUUAUUAUUAUUAUUAUUAUUAUUAUUAUUACUAUUAUUACUAUUAUUAUUACUAUUAUUAUUACUGUUAUUAUUAUUAUUAUUAUUAUUAAUAUUAUUAUUAUUAUUAAUAUUAUUAUUAUUAUACAUUGGCUCCGAAAAAUAGUUACACAUAUGUAUGAAACACACACGACAAGAUAACACUUUAUUUCACACGUUUCCUUUCGACGAAAAAAUGAAAAAAAAACAAAAACAAAAAAAAAAGAUGGAAAGAGAGAUUUCGAGAUAAUCGAUCUCGCGGUCAUUAACCUAUCGUACGCGAUCAAAGUAUUUAAAUAGAACAAAAAAAGAAAGAAAAACGAAAAAAAAAGAAAGAAAACAGGGAAAAAAAAACUAAAAAAUAAAAAACAGAAAAAAGAAAAUAAAAGAGAAAAGAAGAAAAAAUACGAAGAAGUUAUUUUUCGAAAGAUCGCACAUUUCUCUAUCGCAUGAUCAUGCAUAAAAGAAAGAAAGGAAGAAAGAAAGAAAGAAAAUAAAAGAAAAGAAGUAAGAAAGAAAAAAAGAAAAAAAAAGAAAAAACGAGAUUA